CCGAGCCUGGCACCAUGGACACGUCACCCAUCACGCCCGGGGAGCUGCUGUGUCUGGGCUCCAGCCUCGCCUUCUCUGGCCUCUUCUACUACCUGUACAGGAAGAAAGCCAGAGUCGUAGCACGCAUACAGGAGGCCCCAAAACUCCAGGUUGACGAUGAUUUACCAGCACUGGUGUCUGCAGCUGAUGGGAGGUGCCUGCCUUAUGUUGCCCUGGAAGGCAUAGUGCUGCCAGCCAAGGCUGCGCUGACCAGCCAUUACCAUGAGGGGCUGCAGGGCGUGAUCCAGAAACUGCUUCUGAAAGAACAUCGGCUGAUCUGGAACAGCUUGGCCCGGAGCUGGAGCGAGAGCGAGCGGGUGCUUUCGGAGCAGGUCUACACCGUCCCCUUCUUGCUGGCCUCACCGGACACAGAGGCGGUGACGCAGGUGAGCGUGGAGAGCCCGCUCCGAGCUAUCUGCCUGCCAUUGGAGACAGUAUACGAGCGGUUCCAGCAGCCCGCCCACGGCUUCCGUGACCUCCUAGGCCAGUACUUGAGCGGGGAGAAGCCCAAGGGCAUCCUUGAGACAGAGGAGAUGCUGCGGGUGGGGGCUGGGCUGACAGGCAUCGGGGAGCUGGCCCUGCACCCCGACGGCUCCCUGCACCUCCAGCCACCAGCCCAGGGGGGAGACUAUUUCCUGUGCUUGGGGGACUGGCAGACGGUGCUGGCGGACCUGGAGUCAGCUAGUGGGCUCUGGAAGGGGGCAGCCGUGCUGUGCGCUGUGGCAGGCAUGGCCGUCCUCCUGCCCGCCCUGUGCCUCUACAUUGCUGCUGCUGCUGAUAUCAUCAUCAUCAUCAUCAUCAUCAAUCUCACCACUAUUCAGGAGCCAGGGUUGUACCCAUAG